AUAUCUGCCCAUAUAUAAUGUCUUAAAGUUUCAGAGCAGUGUUGGCACUCCGUUCUGAAUUAUAUUUGAAGCCAUGAGAGUGACUGAGCUCUUCUUAUUGGGUUCCAUUGUUGGAUUUUCAGUUUCUGAAGAGUCACCGGAGAUCAGAUUGGUGGAUGGACCCCACCGCUGCAGUGGGAGGUUGGAGGUUCACCAUGAUGGAGAAUGGGGCUCUGUAUGUAGCCGCACGUGGCAAGGAUGGGACUCCAAGGUGGUGUGUAAGGAGCUGAAGUGUGGAUCCCUCGUGAGAGGUAAGCCAUGUGGCUUCUUGAAGAAAGGAAGAGGCCGAACCUGGCAGAAUAUGGUGAAGUGUACUGGAGAUGAAGAGGCCCUGUCUGAAUGCCAAUUUGAACCGAUUAAACCACACCAUUGUCACCACUGGGAGGAUAUCUGGAUCACUUGCAGAGAGCCAUUCCAGGCCAGACUGGUUGAUGGGCCGGACAGAUGCACAGGGAGACUGGAGGUCUACCAUGAUGGCCAAUGGGGCAGUGUGUGUGAUGACCAUUGGGAUGACAAGGAUGCCAAUGUCACCUGCAGUCAGAUUAAGUGUGGCUCUUGCCGACCAUACAUUCAGAACAGGAAGCGUUUCGGCCAAUCAAAAGGCAUAAUUUGGCUAGAUGACGUUGAAUGUACCGGGAAAGAAAUGUCAUUGGAUAAAUGUAGACACCGUGUUUGGUCGUACAACGACUGCAGCCACGAGGAAGAUGUCAGUGUAUACUGCACAGGAUAAAAGCAAGAAACUAAACGCGCAGUUGAAUGGCGCACAUUUUGGAUAUACUGUAAAUUUUCAUGCCUCCGCCACACGCCAGAUCAGAUGAUUCUAUUAAUUCCUGCAGAUAUACACCUUCCUUUGUCAUGUGAACUUUCCCUUCCCAUUGUUGAGUAAAUCACAAGAGAGGCUGAGCAAAAUUUAAAUUCCUUGGAUAGGAAAAACAAUUGAAAAGUAUUUAUAUUAGCGUUAAGCUAUUUUCCUAAAUUUUCAGUCUUCAAGAGCAAAAACUGUAAUUCAAAUUGGCCUAUAGCUUUUCUGUGGUGUUAUCACUGAAAACUUGUAAGGAAAGCAAACUUAUCUACAAUUUUGUAAUCAGCCUUCCCAGUGUACCGAAAUUCUUCACCUUGUAAUAUAAGUUGUGUUCAGCCAACAGCUGAAUGGGAUGUAUUCUUUAUGCCUACUACAGCAUCAUGCAUUAUAGGAAAUAACCAAAUGAUAUACUCAGUAAGGAGCACACAAAAGCGUAUUCUAUAGCUGAAUAUCUAAAUGAUUAAUUUCAGCCAUAUCUUGGCAGCAGAGGUGGCUCUUUAAUUAGGCAAAUUAGGUUGUCGCCUAAGGCCUCGCACUCACAGGGGCCUCGCCGCCGCCUAACUUAC